CCAGGACACAGAAGCCUUCUUUCUCCUGAGCCCCAUCCCCUGUGGGACUCAGUUCCUGUCCCCACAUCCUGCAGGCGGGGCGCAGUCCCUGGGAGAGGCUGCACGCAGCGGGGAGGGCGGCUUUGGACAGGAGGAAGGGAGGGAGGCGGCCUGGGCGGCCCUGAGAUGCGGGGUGAGCGGGGAGCACAGCGCCCAGGGCGCAGGGGCCUUCAGAGUGGCCAGAGCCAUGGGACCAGGAGGGGCGCAGAGAACCACGGGAGCAGGGAAGGGGGCGGUGUUCAGCCCUGGAGUAGAGCAAUGGUGUGCAGGGACCUACGCUGAUUUGCAUGGUGACUUCAUCAUGAACACGCUGUCGGAAGCCAAUGGCGCCUUUGCCAUCCGCCUUUUAAAGCUUCUCGGUCAGGAGGACCCUGCACGCAAUGUCUUCUACUCUCCCUUGAGCGUCUCCUCAGCCUUGGCCAUGCUCCUGCUGGGGGCCAAGGGGAGGACAGCGGCACAGAUCGUCCAGGCGCUGGCGUUCAACACGGAGGACGACAUUCACCGGGGCUUCCAGUCGCUGCUCACCCAGGUGCACAGGCCUGGGGCUCCGUUCUCCCUCAGCAUAGCCAACAGGCUCUUUGGAGAAGAGAGCUGCAAAAUCCUCUCAUCAUUUCAGGAGUCCUGUCUGCAGUUCUACCAGGCAGAGCUGGAGCAGCUGUCCUUUACCAAAGAUGCAGAGAGGUCCAGGGAACACAUCAAUGCUUGGGUGUCCAGCAAGACUAAAGGCAAAAUUGAGGAGUUGUUGGCAAAGGAUUCAAUUGGAGAGGACUGCAGGCUGGUUCUCAUUAACGCUGUCUACUUCAAAGGAAGCUGGGAGGAACCGUUUGAAGAGUGGAGCACAAGGACAGUGCCUUUCAAAAUAAACCAGAAGGAGCAGAGGCCGGUGCAGAUGAUGUUCCAGGAGGCCACAUUUCCUUUGGCCCACGUGAGCGAGGUGCAGGCCCAGGUGCUGGAGCUCCCCUACAAGGGCCAGGAGCUGAGCAUGGUCCUGGUGCUCCCGGACGAAGGCGUGGACCUCAGCACGGUGGAAAAAUCCCUCACUUUUGAGAAAUUCCAAUCCUGGACCCGUCCAGAGCACAUGAGGAGGACUGAAGUGCAAGUUUGCCUUCCGAGAUUUAAACUGGAGGAAAACUACCACAUGGAAUCUGUGCUGUGCGGUCUGGGCGUGGUGGAUGUCUUUUAUUCUGCCACUGUCGACCUGUCCGGCAUGUUGGCUGACAACAACCUGUGUGUGUCCAAGUUUGUGCACAAGAGUGUGGUGGAGGUGAACGAAGCAGGCACGGAGGCUGCGGCAGCAUCACAGUGUGAGCUUUCGUUCGAUUGUGCAAGGAUUUUGCCGGCGUUCUGUGCUGACCACCCCUUCCUGUUCUUCAUCAGGCACAACAGGACCGGUUGCCUGCUGUUCUGUGGCAGGUUCUCGUCUCCGUGAGGGGCGCCCUCCCUGUGCGUGCAGCCCUUCCCUCUGUGUCCCCAAACCCCAUCCAAACCCCAUGAAGUUCGCUCAUUAGAAGAGCCAAGUGCCGCCUAAGGGCAGAUUGGCAUGCACCUGACCGUCUCUCCGCACAGCGCACCACGCAUGCGCUCUUCUUUCCUCGCACUGCCACUCACUUGUGCCGCUCAACCAGUAUCUCAGGUCAGCAGACCGCCAUGUUGACUGCAGGGCAGAGAGCAGAUCCGCAAGCGGAGUCCACAGUUUUCCUGGAUGGUCACAAACACCUCUCGCACUCAGUAUGCGAGCUUGUUAUUGUACUCACACUGUGCCUCCUAGAGCCUCCAACCCUGUCACACACGUGCCUCAACCGCACCUUCUCAACAGCAGUCCAUGCCGCUGGCUAUUACUAUUCCUGGGACAGUUUUCCUGCUGCCUGGACCUUUUAAAGAAGUGCACAUUUGAAUUUUAUUUUAUUGGACAUUUGCUGUUCACCAGGUCUGUGCAGAACACGGCAUUCGGCCCGGAGACAGAGUCACACUUCUUCAGCAGCUGCUUUGAUGGUCUGUGCCCAGCUCAGACAACUGUUGUGGCAGCACGGUGCACUAUUUCAUCUCUUCAGGCUUGUAGGGAUGACAAGUUAUUCAUGUGAUUUGAUUUCUCCAUCUCCAACCCUAGCAGUUAAAUUCCAUUCAACACUUAAAAUUCAUUUCAAAUCUCAUCUUCUUCAAGAAACUUUUCCUUUUCUCCAGAACCUGAUGUGCACUUUGAACUCAAAUUGUAGCUGUUCGUGGCGGUAGCUUUAUUUAUUAAUCUUCUUUCCUCUUAGGAAGUCUCACACUUAGGCCUUACAGUCCCUGGGAUUCAGAUUCCAUCUCACCUAUCUGUGUGUCACUUGUACUACAGUGAUAAGUUGCUCAUUGUAUACAAGCUCUAACUGCUUUCAGUGGUCAGAUAUCACCAACUUUAUUGUGCCCUUUUAGGAUCUCAUUGCUUAUGACUUUCACGUAACAAAGUUAGUCAUCUUAGUACAUUAUGUAUCAUGUAACCACCACCUUUAUCCAGUUCCAAGAAGUGUUCAUUGUCCCCAAAGAAAGCUCUGCCCACUAAGCAGAGAAGCCCAAUUUGCUCCUCCCUGCAGCCCUGGGCAUCACCAUUCUGCUUUCUCUCUCUGUAUCAAUUUACCUACUCUGAACAUUUCAUAUAAACUGAAGCAUAUGUAUGACCGUUUGUGUCUGGCUUCUUUUCUUUAGUGUAGUAUUUUCUAAGUGCAUUCGUCACUGUAGCAUGUAUUGGUUUUUUAUUCCCUUUAUGGCUAUGUAAUAUUCUUCUGCAGAAAUAUACUGUAAUUUUUUAGCUCUUCAUCCAUUUGGUUUUUUCACUCAUUCGGGUGUAUGUAAAUACUGCUGCUGUUCAAAGGUAAUGUAUGAUUAUCUAAAAAGGGACAUAUAGAACAGAGUACAGAAAGUAUAUAUCAUUAUGGUUGGGCUCAUGACUGGGGCCUGACCUGGUUACAUGG